UCGGCACAAACCUACUAGAUAUUAAGAUAGGAUAUAGACAACAGCAAGUUUCAUUUCUCCGUAUCACCUCGUUUGAAGCGGUUGCACGUACUUUUCUCUUUAAGGCAGUUUUUAUGUUCUCUGAUGAAAAGCUUUCUUGUUUGAUAAAAAAGGAAGUAGGGGAGCUUGCGGAUGACAUCAUAGGACGCAUUAAAAUAUGUUUGUUCCAAAGAUAAUAUAGACAGCCAUUUAAAGGAAUCUGAUUAACCGAUAGGUUUAAAUAAUGGACGAAAAUGGCAAGUGCCUGCUCAAUGACCACUGCGUCUUGGCGAUAAUGAAUUACUUAAUUGCCGAUUGCCAGGCGAAACCAGAAACUGGUCAAGACAAAUCUGUUGGUUAUGAUGACUUGAUAAACUUCGCGUUGGCUCAUGAAUCCUUCGUUGGAGCUCUCGAGACUUACCACAAUUGCCUUUACAAGGAUCUUGAGUUGGCACUUGUGUGCAGGAUAACGAAGCUGCGGAUAGAUCUUCUAUUCAAUAAAGACCCCAAUAAAGGAAAUGCAAUUUUCUGGAGAUCCUACCUACAAUCAAUCAACGAAAGAAGCCCUUUCAAUGUUGAGCUGACUUUUGACCACGCAAACGUAGCCAUCGCUAUAAAAGGCAUUUCACCAGGCCUGGGAAAAACAGAGAAGCUGAAGCUAAGCGUCAACAUUACUGCAGAAAUCUUAGGUGAUAUACUCCGCAUGAACCCGAAUUUGUCAAAGUUGGCCCUUGAAGAUACUGGAGGCAAUUCAACAGAAUAUGCAACAACGGAGAGGUUCAACAUUACUACAAAAACCUUGGGUGACUUACUCCACAUAAGCCCAAAAAUAAAAAAGUUGGCCUUCGAGAGCUCAAUAAUCCAUGGAAGCCUUUCCGAUAUCAUACCACUUUGUACCAGCCUUGCGGAACUAAGAAUCAAGAUAAACGCGGAAGUCGUUGGUGACAAAUUGGAACUGAUUGCAAAAUUGCGCAAUUUAAGGAAAGUUAUUAUUACUGGCAUUUACGAAAGUGGGCUGGAAUUGAGGUUUUUUAACAAUUUCGGGAUAUGGCACAGACCCAAGAGCUUUCCACCCUUGACAUUGACCAUCGAAGGUUGUCUGACCGAUAUUGGCAAGCCAGUUAACAUUGCGACUUUGCGCUCACUGAGUCAUUUGCGCAUAUACGACUCUUAUGAAUAUAAUCCAAGAGAUUAUGUUUUCGGUUGGCUUUCUAGAAAUGUAAAAGGGAAUCCAGUAAUAAACGCCGAGUACGAAGUAUCUGAAAUGUCGGAGGAGUGCAAUUCAAUACAGGAAACCAUUGCAUCAAUAACGCUAGGUAGAUAUGUGGAAGUUAAGUUUGAUAGGAACGAAGGAGAACUUCAGGUGGAAAUACACCGACAAUCGGACAUAAGUCGAAUGGGUAAUUUGGCCAAGCUACCAAAUUUAAGUGGUUUGAUCAUACAAAACAAAUGUCGAGAGAGUGAUUAUCCCAAUUCACUUGCGAAAUUCCUGCGAUGCAUGGCACCAAAAGGGUCUUUUGCCCUGAAAUCUUGCGAAAUAAAUGAUGAAGCCAUUGAUCAAUUGGAAUGCAGGGAAAUUGCUAAAAUAGAAACGCUUCAAUACCUCAAGUGCCACUUGGCCGAAUGGAACUUAAUUCCGAUUUUAACCCAUUUACCUAAUCUGCAACACGUCAUGAUCGAAAUCCCGGAUCGCUUUGAUUCCGAUAUCUCAUGGAUGGUCUAUGAUCUUCUAACAGCUUGCCACGUUCAAGCUUCCAUAAUUGCAAAAGACUUUGUUACGAACUAUAUGAAAAAUGAAAAAAAGUUGGCGAUUCUAAAAUCAUCAUCCUCAUUGGAUAGAUUGCUUAAAGCUUUCGCCCCCUUUAGUCAGGUGAAGGAACUGGAUAUUUCUGGAAUACGUAUUGAAAAUGUCUACAAAGUCGCAGAAAUUCAAUCCAUUAGCACACUAAAAUGCAAUCUAUCAAAUACCAUUGGCGUUGAAAAUUUGGCCGACCUUAACAAACUGAAGACUUUGGAAAUUUACCCUUCUGAUGAAAGAUUCCCCUUUCGACAAAACCUUUCCGAACUUUUCAAGAAACUGGCCGAGAAAAAUGUAAUCGAAUAUAUUCGUACUGAUGAUCUUGGCUCCGAAGAGAUAUUGAAUGUUUCCCGAAUAAAGUCAUUGAAAAAACUGUGGUGCCACAUUACCGAACCGGAAGAUCUGCGUUCCCUGUCAAAACUAGCUGGCUCGAAUCUUGAAGAAUUAACUUUCAGUGUAUCAGCACCGAAACAUUUUCUACAGAAUGUUUUGGUUGCAUUUUCCACCAAUGAUAAAACUGCACUUCAUCUCAUAAAUGUGUGCAAACGUGACAUAACCGAAAAGACUGAAAUUUUCAAAAUGAAAUGUCUAAAAAGUCUAACUAUUAAUAUAAAGUUCCUAAACGUUGCGGAACUUUAUUCACUGUCUUCUCUUCAGAAUCUGGAUUUAUGUAACAAGAUUGGAUACGACGAUAUUAAAAGAAUAGCUGAACUCGAUAAGUUGCAGUCUCUAGAUUGUUCGUUGCUCAAUGAGCCGGGCUUACAAGCUCUAGCAAACAUAAUCAAUCUGAAAAAACUAACUAUUAGGGACUCAGAAGGUUCGCUAACUGAACUCUUUCGAGCCUUUGCCCGAAAUAGUGACUCAAAGUUGCAGGAACUCGAAACACCAAUUGUUUGUUCUGACGAGAUCAGUGAAAUAUCGAAAAUUAAGUCAUUAAUAACACUAAAUAUCGAAAACAAAGGCAUGGGUAAUAACUUUUCCGAUCUUGGGCAACUAAGCGAACUCAAAUCAUUGCGUAUUUCUGAAAUAAGUGAACACGAUAGAGAUUUUCGUUUUAAAAUCUCAGAUGAAUGCAGAAUAGACAUCACCAGCGUGUUGCCAAUUUUCCAGACCUGCCAAAAACUCGACUGCGUCACAUUGCAUUUUGGCCAUAAAGGUAAUGUUUCUAUAAACUUCGUAAGCGAAGUACACGACAUUCUGAAAUCUGUAAGGGAUCCAGCACUUCAGAGGCCAUUAAAACUCUGUAUAAGUCUCGAAAGGGUUUUCCCCAAAUUUCACUUGGAUACUAUCGAUGAAGCUUACUUAAGCGUCCGCUAUUCAUAUAAAUUAGAUGAUACCUUCGACAGUAUUAACAGAAGUCCACCAUUUUUGGACUCCCUUCUGGAAUUCGAAUAAAAAGCACAAAAUAUGUUUAGAUAUUAAAAAACGAGUUAACACUGUUUGUAUUUUACGUCAAAGGUAUUUACUACGAAUAAAUCUUGUUCACUGUUAUGCAAUAAAA